GCGCCCAGCCGCGCCGCCAGCGCGCCGCAGCGCCUCGCCGUCUCCAUCGAGGGCAAGCCGGCGAGCGUCGCCUUUGACGCGCAUCUCUUCUGGCUUUCGCGCGGCGCCGCCGAGGCACACAGCGGUGAGAUGCGGCUCAUGCCGGGUCCGCACGCAGGAACGAGCAGGCCCAGCUGAUGCACGACGCUCGCUUCGCAGAUGCAGCAUCAGCAUACCUCUGCAUUCCGCCGCAGCUGCUCCUCCACGCCUCCUUCGUCGCCGACAGCGACGGCGGCUCGCUGCUGCUGCGGCUCCUCUCGCCGCCUUUGGGCGCCGCCUCGUCGUCGCUGCUGCUGCGCAAGAGCGCCUCGCGCGCCUCGCUCGUCGCUGCGCUCUGCGCAAAGCAGCAGGCGGCUGCUCCCUCGGACCAGUCUGAUGCCGCUCGCGACGCGGCGCAUCUGCUGGAGCAGCUCGAGGGGCCGUGCGCCAACCUGCGCCUCAUCACCAUCGAGGCGCGCGUCGCUGCGUCGGCGAGCGGCGCCGCGGCCAGCUGGGCCGCGCAGCUGAGUGUGCUGGCCUACGCCCACGUGGCGCCCUUUCGGCGCCUCAAGGUGCUGCUCAACCCCAUCGGCGGGCCGGGCAAGGCACGCGUGCUCUUUGCGCAGCGCAUCCGCCCCAUCCUCGAGGCGGCCGGCUGUGUGCUCGACGUCGAGGUGACGCGCAGGGCCUUCCACGGCACGGAGAUUGCGCGUGCCGUCGACAUCGACGCGUUCGACGGCAUCGUGUGCGUCUCGGGCGACGGCAUGCUGCACGAAGUGCUCAACGGCCUGGCCUCGCGCGCCGAUGCGCGCGCGGCGCUGCGCAAGCUCUUCGUCGCGCCCAUCCCGACGGGCAGCGGCAAUGGCGUCGCGGUCAACAUCCUCGGCGCGCAGGAGGGCUUCAAUCUGGCGCUGGCGUGCCUCAAUGUCAUCAAGGGCCGCGCGAUGAAGAUUGACGUGUGCAGCGUGACGCAGCCGCGCGUCGAGAUGCCGAAGCGCAAAGGCAAGCCGGCGCCCAACGGCGUGGCUGCAACGCAGGAAGCGCAGGAGAUGAAGCCGUACACCCACGUCUACUCCUUUCUCUCGCAGGCCAUCGGACUCAUGGCCGACAUCGACUUGGGCACUGAGCACAUGCGUGCGCUUGGCGAUGCUCGAUUCGUCAUCGGAUACAUCGGCGGCGUGCUGGCGAACAAGGAGUGCGAGGUGGACGUGUACGUCAAGCUGGGCGAGCAGGGCACGCUGAAUCGCGACGAGAUGCGGAGACGCAUGCUGGACGCGAGCAAGGAGCCGGCGUGGAGCAGCGGCGGCGACGCCGAUGCGCAGCAAGGAGACGAGGCACCGCCAUUGCGUCACGGUGCCGUCACCGAGACUCUGCGCGACGCGCAUGGCGAGCCGCUCGAGCUCAGCUCCUUGCCCGAGCUGUCACUGCACGAUCCGUCGUGGCCCUACAGCGUCGCUUCCUCUUCCUCCCCGCCACCAUCAAGCUCAAGUGCGAGCUCAUCAUGGCAUCGCAUCCCCGCCUCCAUCUCGGCGCUCUACGCCGGCAAGCUGCCGUACGUGGGGCGCGAUCUGCUGCAGUUCCCCUUUGCCGCGCCCGGCGACGGCCUCGUCGACGUGGCGCUGACGCUGCACGGCGGCGGCCGCGCGGCCAAGCUGCGCGCCAUCAACGGCGCCGAGACGGGCAAUGUCGUGUACGACGCGGCGCUGGCGUACCUCAAGUGCGAGGCGUACCGCGUGGUGCCGCGGCGCAAGGCGGGCGACAAGAGUCUCAAGAAGGGCGGCCUGAUCUCCAUUGACGGCGAACACUCGCCCUACGUGCCGUUCCAAGUGGAGGUGGCGUCCUCGUUGCAGCUGCGCGUCCUCUCGCUCUUCGGCCACUUUGUCGUGCCUCCGCUCGCCGUGCCCACGCCGCCGGGCAGCGCGGCGCCGCGCGCAUGACGCCGCCGACAGGAGGAGCGCGAGCGCCACAGCCCUCUCGGCGCUCCUGCAGCCUGGGCAGCCGUGCUGCCCGGCCCGCUCAGGAACCACGUCUAUCUGUGCCUCGUCUCGCUCCUGUCUUGCCUGCUACUGCCUCUGCUGGCCAUCUGGCUCUCCCGCGCAGCCAGCCCCUCUCUCCUUGCUCCCUCCUAAUGCCUCGCGCCCGCUCUCCACGCGCACACCGAACUCUAGACAACACUUCUAGCCCCAUCAAUCCAUUGACGUGGGCCUUCUGCAUCGUUCGUCGCCCA